CAUCUGCACUUCCCUGUGGGACUUGUCCCUGUGGGCGGGAGGGACAGGCCCCGGUCGCGCAUCGAUGGAGGCACCGACUCGAAAAAAGGGGCAUGGCCGUGGCAAACAGCGCUGUUUCUAAAGACAGAACAGGGAAACAACAAAUAUUUCUGUGGCGCUUCUCUACUGAAAUCAGGAUGGGUCGUCACCGCCGCGCACUGCAUCACGGGAGAGGUGUAUCGCCACGGCAACGUUGACACCGACAUUGUUGUAGGUUUAGGUCUAACUGAAAGGUCCCUGCCUGGCACUUCAAAGACCGCGCAAGCCCAGUAUGUACCUGUGAAGAAGGCGUACAUCCAUGAAGACUAUGACCGUUACAGUGACGCCUUUGAUUACGACAUCGCGCUGUUAGAGCUCCGGGACGCAGUCGUGCUGGGACCAUGGGUUAGGCCCGUGUGUCUACCCGCAAACGUGCGGCAAGGACUGAGGAUGAGUGAGGUUGGCACGACCGGUACCGUUGUUGGGUGGGGUCGUCUUGGCGACGGGGACACGCCCACCGCCCAGAUCCUGCAGCAGAUCGCCCUGCCCGUCCAGUCCCACGGCACGUGUGAGCGUGCCAUGGAGGCCGCGGGCCGGCCCACCGCACACUACACCUCCCGGAUGUUCUGCGCGGGAGACCUCGCGGGAGGGCGGGACGCCUGCCCUAGCGACUCGGGCGGACCCUUCAUGGUGUCCCGCGGGAACGACGGGAGGACCCGGUGGUACCUGGCCGGGGUGGUCAGUACGGGAACUGACCAGGGCUGCGGGCGACCCGGUCAGCUCGGACUGUACACCAUGGUGGCCAAAUAUCUGGACUGGAUCCACAGUAUUAUCAACUGACGUGUCGUCUGAGCUAAAUAUUAAGGGAUGGUGAUGACACAACCAUACAUAAGCAUCACUAACUUGCAAAUAUCUAUGUCUACCU